UUCGAGUUUAUUUUUAUGAACUAGGACAUGCCCUAGGUCUGAUCGGUUUAUAGCUUAAACUUGAGCCAAAAUGAAAAUUUUGGGUCAAAGCCUCCUUCGUCUUUCACCUUUUUCUUUAGUUUCUUCACCCUGGUGCGUAAUAAUGCUAGGAAGCCCCCCCCCCGCAAAAAAAAAAAUCCUUGUCUCUCCCGUAGCGGGCAUUACAACUAACAAUGCCACAAGUAGUCGGCAUUAUGUUGGUUCAGGACGAAUGAAAUCUAACAAUAAGAUUCGACAAGUAGGCCUAGCUAUUAUUAGGUGUUGAUGCCGACCGCUAUGGAUCGUGGGUAAUCUAGAAUGACGCGUAACCCUCUAUUGUCGAGGGGACCUGACUAGAGGCAGGUUUGGCAGAACAAUUUUUGUUGAUGCAAUUUUCAGAACUUGCUGUCUUCGUGGUACAACGUUUGAGAGCUGGACACUGUGCGGCACUUUGUGACGCUUACUGGUUGCAAAUUUGAGACGUGUUGAAAUAGUCAUCCGAAGACGUCAAGUUUGAGGAGUGUUGAAAUCGUCAUCUGAAGACGUCAAGUUUGAGGAGUGUUGAAAUCGUCAUCUGAAGACGUCAAGUUUGAGAAGUGUUCAAAUCGUUAGCUGAAGACUUCAAGUUUGAGGAGUGUUGAAAUCGUCAGCAGGAGACGUCAAGUUUGAGGAGUGUUGAAAUCGUCAGCUGAAGCAUGUCAUUCAGUGGUAAGUCAUGUAUCAAAUGCGACGUCUGCUCGAAGUGCUGUAAAAGCAAGUCUUGCUUAGAGAUACACAUGCGCGUGCACACCGGGGAACGACCCUUCACGUGCGGGGUGUGCCUCAAGGAUUUCACAACCAUAGGUAACAUUAAGGAACAUAUGUGGCUCCACACCGGAGAAAAACUAUUUCAAUGUGAUGUGUGCACAAAACGUUUUGUUAACAAAUCGAGACUCAAACGGCAUGUGAUGAUUCAUAGUGAUGACAAACCUUAUAAAUGUGAAAUGUGCACAAAAGGUUUCACGGGGAAUUUCAGCUUGAAAAAACAUAUGCAGAUCCACACUGGUGAAAGAUCGUUCACGUGUGAACUGUGCACCAAAUGUUUUAGACAGCGUGCCAGGUUGCAAAAUCAUAUCCUGUUGAGACAUUCUAAUGAGUCGUUUGUGUGUGAUGUAUGCACAAAACGUUUCAAAAAGCGCCCCCUACUUGCACAGCACAUGUUGAUCCAUACUGGUGAAAAACCAUUCCUGUGUGAGAUUUGUACAAAACGCUUUAACCGGUCUGCGACAUUUAGAGAGCACAAGAGGUGUCACUCUGGUGAGAAGCCGUAUAAAUGUGAAAUAUGCACAAAGUGUUUUUCACGAAGUGGCAACCUGAGACGCCACGAGUUGAGUCAUGCCGGCGUGAAACCAUUCAAGUGUGAAACGUGCACAAAACGUUUCACCCAGAAUUCCACUUUGAAAAACCACGUGCUGAUUCAUAUGGGUGUGAAACAUUUCAAAUGUCAAAUGUGCUCAAAACGUUUCACAAAGAAUGACCACCUGCAGCGUCAUAUUCUGACUCACACCGGUGAGAAACCGUUCGUCUGUGAGAUCUGUGCGAAAUGUUUUACAAUGAGAUCGGACUUAAACAAGCACAUGAAGAUCCACAAGGGUGAAAAAAACAAUUCAAAUGUGAAAAGUGCACAAAAUGUUUUACGCUGCACUGGACGCUGAGAAGACGUAUGUCGAUUCAUUCUGUAUCAGGAAAUAAAUAAUAUAUAAUUAGGUAUGUA